ACUUGAGGACGUUAGCCAAUGAGGAUGCGGGGGAAUUGCGGCCAAUGAGAGCGGGGGGACCCCGGGACACGUGGGUGGGGGAGCUGAGCGGGGAGACCUAGAGCUAAAGGCGGGAGACUGAGACAAUGCAGACCACCGGGGCACUACUCAUUUCUCCGGCUCUGAUCCGCUGUUGUACCAGGGAUCUAAUCAGGCCUGUGUCUGCCUCCCUCUUGAGUAGGCCAGAGAUCCCAGCUAAACAGCCAUCCUGCAGCAGCUCCCCGCUCCAGGUGGCCCGACGGGAGUUCCAGACCAGUGUUGUCUCCCGGGACAUUGACACAGCAGCCAAGUUUAUUGGCGCUGGGGCUGCCACAGUUGGUGUGGCUGGUUCAGGGGCUGGCAUUGGAACAGUGUUUGGCAGCUUGAUCAUUGGCUAUGCCAGGAACCCAUCUCUCAAGCAGCAGCUCUUCUCCUAUGCCAUUCUGGGCUUUGCCCUGUCUGAGGCCAUGGGGCUCUUCUGUUUGAUGGUCGCCUUCCUCAUCCUCUUCGCCAUGUGAGGUUCCGUGAGGGUCACCUACCUGUCCCUGCUGCUUCGACUUCAGGCCAUGCCUGGUGCUGGAGUAUGCCAAGCUUUACCAUUAAACACAACGUUUCUCUAAACUCA